AUGGACACUGAUUUAUACGACGAGUUCGGAAAUUAUAUUGGUCCUAAUAUUUUAUCUGAUGAAGAAAUAGAAGACGAUGUGGAUAGUAUAGAGGAAUAUGAUGGUGAAAAGGCUGAUGAUGUUACCGAAUCACAAAUUCUCGAACAACCCGAUGAGGCUCUUGCGGUGGUUUUGCAUGAUGAUAAGAAGUACUAUCCUAGCGCCAUGGAAGUAUAUGGCCCUGAUGUUGAAACAUUGGUUCAAGAGGAGGAUGCACAACCAUUGACCCAACCACUGAUUGAGCCUAUCAAGAAAAAAAAUUUCGCUUAUUCUGAAUUUUCCUUUCCUUCUACAACCUAUGACCCUGAAUUUCUUGCUGAUAUGAUGGAUUGCCCAGAACUCAUUCGAUCUAUUGCCUUCUGUGGACAUCUUCAUCAUGGAAAGACCUCCUUUGUUGAUUGUCUAAUUGAACAAACUCACCCGGAUACCCAUGCGGUAGAAGAUAAGGAUCUUCGUUAUACAGAUUAUCUCAAAAUUGAAGUUGAGCGCGGUCUGAGUAUAAAGAGCACACCUAUGACUCUGGUUCUUCCUGAUAUGAAGAAUAAAUCAUAUCUCUUUAAUAUUUUCGACACUCCUGGACAUGUCAACUUCUCUGAUGAAGUAACAGCUGCAUUUCGGCUUUGCGAUGCUGUCAUCAUUUUUGUUGACGUUUUGGAAGGUGUUCUCAUGAACACUGAGCGUUUGAUCAAACACGCACUUCAAGAAAGACUUCCUAUAAUGCUCUGCAUCAAUAAAAUUGAUCGAUUGAUUCUUGAAUUGAAACUUCCGCCUAAUGAAGCUUAUUACAAUAUCAAAAAUAUUAUCGAUACAGUUAAUUCUCUGGUUGCAACUUACUCAGAAAGUGUUGGUGGCUAUUCGGAACCUCAGCAAAUUGUCAGUCCCCUUCUGGGCAACGUCUGUUUUGCCAGUUCUUACUAUCGAUUCUGUUUCACCUUAGAAUCGUUUGCUAAGAUCUACACAGACACUUAUGCUGACCCAGUAGAUUAUAAGAGCUUUGCUAAGAGACUUUGGGGAAAUCAGUACUUCAACGCUGAGGCGAGAACAUUCAGCUCAACUCCCACUUCAGAAACCUCAUCUCGAUCAUUUGUGGAAUUCAUUCUGGAGCCCAUCUACAAAAUAUUCGCACAGGCUGCAGGAGAUGUAGACACUUGUCUACCGUCGCUUUGCAAUGAAUUAGGUAUCCAUCUCUCCAAGUCUGAGUACAAAUUAAAUGUUCGACCUCUCCUGAGAAUCAUUUUCAGUCGAUUUUUUGGAGACUUCUCGGGUUUCGUCUCCAUGGUUGUAGAUCAAACACCAAGUCCUGUUGCUGGAGCUGAAGUAAAAAUUAGGCAUACUUAUACUGGUCCCCUAGACACGGAAGUUGCUCGAGAUAUGAUAAAAUGUCGAGCGACAUCCCCCCACUUAAUGGUUCAUACAACAAAAUUAUAUCCUGACGAAGAAGCAAUCUCAUUCCAUGCUUUUGGAAGGGUUCUUUCUGGACGUCUGGAGGCUGGACAGGAAGUCAAAGUACUUGGAGAAGCGUAUUCUCUUAGCGACGAGGAAGAUUCCAGGCCUGCUGUUGUUGGACGUCUCUGGGUUUUAUGUGGAAGAUAUCGAAUUGAGGUGAAUCGAGUUCCAGCAGGUAAUUGGGUACUUAUUGAGGGUGUUGAUCAGGCAAUUGUGAAGACUUCUACCAUCACUUCGCUACAGUCGACUGCAGAUACCUACAUCUUCCAUCCACUGGUAUUCAACACUAUUUCAAUUAUUAAAAUCUCUGUUGAACCAGCUAAUCCUUCGGAAUUGCCGAAGAUGCUUGAUGCGUUGAGAAAGGUGAACAAAAGCUAUCCUCUCCUCACGACCAAAGUAGAAGAAUCAGGAGAACGAAUAAUUCGCGGAACUGGAGAACUUUAUCUCGACUGUGUGAUGCAUGAUCUCCGCAAACUCUACUCCGAUAUCGAUGUUAAGGUUGCUGAUCCGGUUGUGGCCUUUUGUGAAACUGUCGUUGAAACCUCUUCUCUUAAGUGUUUCUCCGAAUCUCCUAAUAAAAAGAAUAAAAUCACAAUGAUAGCCGAGCCGUUGGAUAAGGGUUUAGCUGAGGAUAUUGAAAAUAAGGUUGUUCGAAUUGACUGGCCGAAGAAACAAAUGGGUGAAUUCUUUCUCAAGAAAUACGAUUGGGAUUUGCUAGCAGCUAGAUCAAUCUGGGCUUUCGGACCUGAUUCUACUGGGCCAAACAUUCUAGUAGAUGAUACCCUACCUUCAGAAGUUGAUAAGACCCUACUUGGAUCAGUGAAGGACUACAUCGUCCAGGGCUUCCAGUGGGGCACACGUGAGGGCCCACUUUGUGAUGAACCUAUUAGGAAUGUCAAGUUCAAAAUUCUGGAUGCCAUGAUUUCUAGUGAGGCACACCAACGUGGUUCAGGUCAGAUAAUUCCUACAGCACGUCGGGUCGCUUAUUCUGCUUUCAUGAUGGCAACACCGCGGUUAAUGGAACCCUACUACUAUGUGGAAGUGCAAAUGCCUGGGGAUUGUAUGUCGGCUGUCUACAAUGUUCUCAAACUUCGUAGAGGUCAUGUUACUCAUGAGGGUCCUGUUUCUGGGUCACCCUUAUACAGUAUCAAGGCUUACCUGCCUGUCAUUGAUUCGUUUGGGUUUGAGACGGAUUUGAGGACGCAUUCACAAGGACAGGCUUUCUGCAUGUCGGUAUUCGACCAUUGGCAAAUGGUGCCGGGUGAUCCGCUGGAUAGAACAAUUCACAUUCAACCUCUUGUAGCUCAACCCGCUACUCAUUUGGCUCGGGAGUUUAUGAUCAAGACUAGAAGACGAAAGGGACUGAAUGAGGAUGUCAGUAUUAACAAAUACUUCGACGAUCCCAUGUUGUUGGAAUUUGCAAAGCAGGACGUUAUGCUGAGUUACGCUUUGUAA